CGUGACAUGGGUCGGAAGAUGGCGUCUCCCACAGACGGCACCGACCUGGAAGCAUCUUUGCUGAGUUUUGAAAAACUUGAUCGAGCCUCACCAGACCUCUGGCCUGAACAAUUGCCAGGUGUUGCUGAAUUUGCAGCCUCCUUCAAAAGUCCCAUCACUAGCUCUCCACCCAAAUGGAUGGCUGAAUUAGAACAUGAUGAUAUUGAUAUGCUAAAAGAGCUGGGCAGCCUCACCACAGCUAACCUGAUGGAGAAAGUACGAGGGCUGCAGAAUCUAGCCUAUCAACUGGGGUUGGAUGAGUCUAGAGAGAUGACUCGGGGAAAAUUUCUCAACAUUCUGGAGAAACCCAAGAAAUAAGCCACAGCUUGUGAAUAAGAUAAUUCAGCGGACCACGAAUGUUCUUCCUUUCUUCCAGUAUAGACCUGACAGCUCCCCGCACUGCUUCAACACUCAGGCCUGGGGUACGUCAUUGAGACACACUUCUCUACUGCUCCUGUGGCUGUGCUUCUUGUGGAGGACGUUGGUUGGGAGAAAAGGAUCUGCUCUCCAUAAGGAUCAUCAUUGACCGUUGCUCCAUAAGCACUGAGACUGCAUGCUAAGCCUAGAUCACCAGAAAUUCUUGUUUUAUCUUAAGAGUGAAGUUUUACUUCUCCAUUUAUAGAAAUGAUUUAGAAUCUAUGUGGGACCUAACCCUGCCUCCUUAUGAUCCCUUCAUUGGUGUGAUUUAGUGAUAUAUCUGGUCUAAAUCAUACUGUUUGAAUUUGCUACGUAUUAGAUGGGCUCUUUAGUCAUAUUGAUCUCUUAGACAGGUUAUCUAUGAUGAGAAAAGAUGACUGACUGGGGAUUUGGAAUUGGCCCAUAUAGGAUAUUAUAUCUGUCCUGAAGUAGCCUAGUAUGUUCUAGGUCCUGAGCAUCCACAUCUUGAGAAAUAGGAGCCUCCUAACACAUCGUCUGAUUGUAAAAUUCCUUACCUCUCAUUAUAGUUUCAUUUCCCAUCAUGGCACUUACUCUUCCUUUCAACUGUUUUUUGAUAAGAGGUAGAGGGAUAGGAAGCCCCUUCUCGAGUUAGUUUCUAAUGUGAAUGCUCCAUGAUGGGAGCUUAUAUCAUAAGCUAUCGUAUUAUAUCAUGAGACAUCACAGCUCUGUGAUAGUCUUCCAGUAUCAAACUACUAUAAGAGACAGAAAGAUUCUUCCUAGUUUAUGAUUUUUUCACAGCAGGCAGUUCUGCCCCAGCCUAGUUCAGUGAGUAGCCCAAAGGUGGGAGAAAGUAGUGCUAUGAAAAGAGAACAAUUUGGAAGAAUCAGAACGUCAGAGAAUAGAAACUCUGUUUAGCUUAAAGAAAUGUAACUGUUGAGGGGCAGUAGCAUUAUGUAUCCAUAUUACUUCAUCUGCAGUAAGACAUUUUGGCUGACAGAGGAUUUCCAGGUACAGAUGCAACUAUUCCAAAGCUCUGUAACCAUAUGUGUUAGAGAGGAUAGGUUAAAACCCCAUAUAUAAAUUGAAAUAUCAAAUUUUCUCCCCCCAAAAAAAUAUGUCUACAUUUUGCCAGUUCCCACGUUACAAUGUUUUAAGAAGUACAUUGAGAAUUAGAGUUUUCCUAAACUCCAGUGGAAUAUCGCUAGCCAAAACAUUUGUUUGGUGGUAGCAAACUGUCUUUCUUUGACCUUGGAAAGACUUGCUGGUGUUGGUUGGUUCUUUGGUCUUAAUUGUCUGUAGUGGUGAGCAAAAUUUUCUUAGCUCAUCCAAGGCGACACCAUUUUAAAAACUUCUUGAUUAACCCUCUUUUGAUGCUUGUGCCCUAUUUCCCAUAGUAGACUUACUAUUGAGUUUUCUCUCCAGUAAAAUUCAAUUACUUAAGAUAAUUCCACCUAGUGAGAGGAGAAAGAAAAUUAAAGAAAAAUGAGGGAUGAGGAGAAUGUUCUGUUUGGUUGCUAGAUUUGGUUUAGCAACUAAAACUUUUGAAGUUUCAUUUUAAAAUUAAAUAUGUUGCUGACAUUCCUUUAUCUCACUAAAUGCGGUUGAGCUCUGUACAUAUUAUAUAUAUAUAUGUAUGUGUGUGUGUGUAUGUAAUCUAGCUCAUACAUAUAUGUUUGUAUGUUUAUUUGUGUGUGGCCCCCACAUAAUUGUCCUAAUGUUUUAGUCUUCUUUUGCUGUGUAUUUUGGAGAAUUGAUAACUUAGGCACAUUUAGUGCUUUGGGAAAUUAAAAAACAUGAGUAAUAUUGGAACCUAUGCCUAGAACUCAUGUCUAUAAUCUGAAACUAUGUCACUAGUUCCCUGGGCCACUUUCGUUCUUUUUAUCUUAGUUUCUUGUUUACAGCACUUAAUUGUCCUCAGCAGUGCAGCAAAGUAGAUGCUUUAAAAUUGCAAUAUUUAUUGGUUUUGUCACCCUUAGAAGCGUUAAUGAUGUAUUUUUAUAUGGCUAAUAUAAGUCUAUGUACAGUGUAUGUAUGUACUUUACAUGUGGGCAGAUUAUAAUUUGUAUAUGGUGGUUGCUGUCAUAACAAAUGUAUCUGAUUUUAUAGCAGGGCAUGAAGUUUUUCUAAAAAGUUUCAAGUUACCUAUUUAAACCCUAGCCAUCGUUGGAAAGCUCUGCAUUUAAUAUUAAAGAACCCAGUUAUUUUAUUGGGGUAUAAUAAGUAUCUAGAAAUGGCUUUAAGCUCCUUGGAGAAUUUAGCUCUUCUUUAAAUAUAAGGUACUACUAUAAUAUAGUGGAAUUUUAAAUAGACUCUAUUUUAAAGCAAAUAAUCCAGGGAUGGGUAUCCUCAUUCAUUAGCAUACUGCUAAACAAUGGUCAAUAGCAGAUUGAAAUUGAACCCUGCUUGUUCACCCUGGAUUAGUGCAGAUUUGCACAGGGGGCCCCUGUAGUAUUUUUCUAGACUUUUUUCAAAAUUAGUACCUAGGUCUGGCCCUAGGCAAAAUUGUGAAGUAGAUGAUUUGUCUUUGGCAGGCAUAAGCCCUUCUCUUUCAGCACCUUUCGCCUUCCCCAAGUGCUAUCCUACUGUUCCCUGGCCACCCAGAAUGCCCUAUCUGAUUACUGUGUCCCACCUAGGCCUGCCCUCCUCAGGCAUCCACAUUAUAGUUGUUAUUUGUGGACUUGUCAUGGCCCCUGUGAGACUGUAAAACUCCUUGAGGUCAGAGAUUAUAUUGUUUUUCAUCUUUGUAUCCUAGUGCCUAGCACAGUGCACUAAACAUAAG